CCGCGGAGACGUCAGCAGUCUCCGCCUUCAAUUAUAAGAAUCAAUUGUUCGAUUUUUUCUCCAAAAUCAGAACAGAUGUUUGAAGGUUGUCAGAGCGAAAACACAAGAACAUCUGGAACAGUUGGCCCGAGAUAAACCCUCUCCUCGGUGGAUCAUUAAGCCUACCUGACCCGGAUCAUUGUAGCCUACUGGACUAACUGACCCGGAUCAUUGUCCUGGAAACGGUCCAGCAGGUCUACAGAAUGCGUCGCUCCUCAGGCUGGAUCGGAUGGACUCUGUGUCUGUGCGCAUCUCUGACCGUGCAGAGCGCUCAGGAUUACCCCGAAGACGACGACAUGAUCCUGGAUCUGAUCCGUGAGGACGGGACGCAGGCUGAGACCGGAACCGAGCCCGCUGCAGACUUCUUCAGGUGCAACAAGGUUGCGUGGCGAAUGCCCGGUCAGUACCUGGUCAUCCUGCAUCAGGGGACUCAUGAGUCCCAGGUGCAAAGGACCAUCAGAAGGCUCAGAGCCAAAGCAGCCCGGAGAGGCUACCUGCUGGAGAUCCUGCAGACGUACUCCACAGCUCUACAAGGCUUCCUGGUCAAGAUGAGCAGCGACGUCCUCCACCUGGCAGUAAGACUUCCUCAUGUUGACUACAUUGAGGAGGAUUCAUCCAUCUUUGCUCAGAGCGCCCCCUGGAACCUCCAGAGGUUACUGCACCCUCGUGGUGGCACCUCUGAAAAUGGAACAUACAUACCACCGAAUGACGGAGGGGGGUCAGUGGUCUACCUGAUGGACAGCAGUGUGCAGAGCUCUCACAGAGAGGUAGAAGGACGAGUGCUCAUCACCGAAUUCAACAACGUCCCUGAGGAAGACGGAGUCAGAGUUCACAGACAGGCCAGUCAGUGCGACAGUCAUGGCACCCACAUGGCGGGAGUUAUUAGUGGAUCAGACUCUGGUGUUGCUCGAGGUGCCGGUGUAAAUCUGGUCCGUGUGCUCAACUGUCAGGGGAAAGGGACGGUGUCAGGAGCUUUGAAAGGUCUGGAGUACAUUCGAACGACUCUUCAGGUGCGACCGGUGGAGGCGGUGGUCGUUCUUCUUCCUUUCAUCGGAGGGUUCAGCCGAUCUUUGAACACAGCUUGUCGUGACAUGGUAUCUAACGGUGCCGUGGUCAUCGCUGCUGCAGGGAACUACAGAGACGACGCCUGCCUGUACUCACCUGCGUCAGAGCCGGAGGUGAUCACAGUGGGGGCGGUGAACUCUGCAGACCAGCUCAUGUCUCAAGGGGCGGGGGGGACAAACUUUGGCCGCUGUGUUGAUCUGUUUGCACCUGGUGAUGACAUCAUCAGUGCGAGCAGCGACUGCAGCACCUGUUUCACCUCCCGCAGCGGGACGUCCCAGGCUGCUGCGCAUGCUGCAGGCAUAGCAGCAGUGAUCCUGUCGGCCAAUCAGAAAACAUCACCUGUGCAGGUCCUGCACACGAUGUUGCAUUAUUCCAUCAGUGACACUAUCAACUUUCUGUCUCUGUCUAACUCACAUCGACUCUUGACUCCAAACCUGGUGGCAGCCAUGCCUCCUGCGAACAGCACAGGUGAGGAGCUCCUGUGUCGAUGGGUGUGGUCAGAGAGGACCGGUGUCACAGGUUCUGACCCGGCUGUCUCUAGUUGUCGUCGGGGGGAGGAGCUGUUGAGCUGCAGGAGCAUCAGUCCUGAUGGCAUCCACGCUGGAGGAGCCAUCACUGUGAGCAGCGGGCAGAUGGAAUGUGUCGCUCAUAAUAGUCCCGGGGGUAAAGGUGUGUUUGCUGUGGCUCGCUGCUGCGUUAUCGAAGGUCUGCAGUGUCAGGUUAAUGCUAGUCCUGAACCCGGGCAGGACGCCAAGUGUGUGGAACCACAACAUCACCUGACAGGCUGCAUGUCUCACUCCACCGCUGACGUCUGGUCUGAUUCUCGUCCACAUCGCGGCGACAAGAGGAGCUGUGUGGUUAAAGACGGGAUGACAUCACAUGCUGUGUGCUGCCACGCCCCCUCUCUGGAGUGUCACCUGUUGGAGAACACAUCAGCUGAUGGCGAUCAGGUAGACAUCACCUGUCCCUCUGGUUGGACUCUGACAGACUGCGGCACCGUCUCUCGGGGCUCUGCCAUCCUGGAGCCAGUUGCUAAGGGCAACAGUUGCCGUGUGAGUGUUAACAAAGGAGCAGGUGGGGCAGCAGGUAUUGCUGUGUGCUGUCGUGUCAGCCCAUAGGAGCAGAACGCCGCCACCGCUCACUGGUCCGCUCCGAUGUUUCAGAUUCUGACCGAUUUAAUGUUGAGUUUGUCUUUAGGCUGUGACAGAGAGCUUCUGUAAACAUGUUUCAGCUGUUUGAUUACACACACGCACAUACACACGCAUACAUUUAUUCUGAAUAAAUGACUGGAACUUACAUCUGUCGCAUCAUGUGGAAGCAGCUCGCUUAUUUUUAAAUCACUCACAGUUUGAUGUAACAAGAUAUUUUUGUACCUUUAACAAAACAAUUCUAAUAAAAAACCUU